AACGCCACGGGAUGGUCACUGGUCGUCGCCCGUUCGGCCCAUUUUCCAUCAUGGCCCCGUCCCUCGCCAAGAAACUCGAGGUGCUCCGCGCCGAGGCCGCGGACCUCGCCGAGUACAUGUCCGACGACGAAGGCGAGACCUUUGACGUCUCGUCGCUCAAGGCCGAAGAAGACGCGUUCACGCACGACUUUUCCACGUGCAUCGUCGUCGACAAGGCGCCGGUCGUGACCAAGGCCAAGUACGACAAGCUCCUCGCGAUGUUCAACCGCCUCGUGGCGCAGAUCGGCCCGGUCGUGGCCAUCGACAUGCCGUACCUUCCGGCCAAGGCGGGCGCCGACGCCGAGACGGCCGGCUGCCUCUUUAUCGAGUUUGAGACCGAGGCGGACGCCAAGAAGGCGAUCACGACCUUGCACAACUUUGCGCUCGACAAGCGCCACACGCUCCAGGUCUGCAUGUACGCCGACAUGCAAAAGUACGCCAACGUGCCGGACGCGUACACGCCGCCGACCAAGCCGAGCUUCACGCCGCGCCAGAACCUCAACACGUGGCUCGCCGACCCGAGCGGCCGCGACAUGUUUGUGCUGCGCUACGGCACCGAGACGGAGCUGUACUGGAGCGACCAGGGCCGGCCGACGCUCGAGUACGCGGGCGAGCGCGAGAAGAGCUCGGGCAAGCAGUGGUGCUCGCAGUACGUCAAGUGGAGUCCCGCAGGCACGUACCUCACGACGUUCCAUCCGCAAGGCAUCGCGCUCUGGGGCGGCGACUCGUGGGACAAGGUCGCCCGCUUUGCGCACAAGCACGUCAACACGGCGGUGUUUUCGCCGCAGGAGAACUACCUCAUCACGGCCAACGGCGUCGAGGGCGAGAACUCGAUCAUGGUCUGGGACAUUGCGUCCGGGAAGCUCCUCCGCGCGUUCAGCAUGGGCGGCAACCCGAACGUGCUCGACACGCCGUUCAAGUGGUCGGCCGACGACAAGUACGUGGCCCGCCGCAACAAGGACGCGAUCACGAUCUACGAGCUGCCGUCGAUGAAGCUCCUCGAGAAGAAGUCGCUCAAGGCCGACGGCGUCGAGGAUUUCUUCUGGUGCCCGGCCGGCAACGCCACGCUCGCCUACUGGGCGCCGGAAGCCGGCAACACGCCCGCGCGCGUCUCGCUCGUCGAGAUUCCGUCGCGCCGCGAGAUCCGCCAGAAGAACCUCUUCAACGUCUCCGAGUGCCAGCUGCAGUGGCACCCGAGCGGCCAGUUCCUGAGCGUCAAGGUCACGCGCCACUCCAAGUCCAAGAAGACGCUCUUCACCAACUUUGAGAUCUUCCGCGCGGGCGAGGCGCUCGUGCCCGUCGAGAUGCUCGAGAUCAAGGAGACGAUCCGCGCGUUCGCGUGGGAGCCCAAGGGCUCGCGCUUCGCCGUCAUCCACGGCGAGACGGCCACGCGCCUCUCGGUCUCGUUCUACGACUGCAACGGCGGCAAGAAGAACAACGAAGUCACGCUCCUCUUCACGCUGGCCGAGAAGACGUGCAACGCGCUCUUUUGGUCGCCGUACGGCAACAACAUUGUCCUCGCAGGGCUCGGCGAGAUGAACGGCAUCAUGGAGUUCUACGACGUGGACGAGAAGCAGAGCUUGUCGAUCCAGGAGCACUUUAAGUUUACGCACCUCGAGUGGGACCCGAGUGGCCGCGUGGUCACGACGGCCGUGUGCCAGCCCAUCAACAACUUCAACGCCAAGUACACGAUGGACAACGGCUACAACCUCUGGAGCUUCCAGGGCAAGCUCCUCGAAGAGAAGCGCAAGGACAUGUUCCACCAGUUCAUCUGGCGCCCGCGCCCCAAGAGCCUCCUCUCGGACAAGGAGUACAAGCACGUGCUCAAGAACCUCGAAAAGUACCGCAAGAAGUUCAACGACCUCGACAAGCAGCGCGAGAAGGAGCGCAUCGCGGCCGAGAUCGCGGCCAAGCAGGCGCUCGUCGACUCGUUCCGCAGCCGCCUCGCGUCGCGCCAGGCCGCGGCCGCCGCUCGCCGCGCGGCCUACAUUGCGCUGGCCGACGGCUACGACUCGCAGGACGACGCCGAGUUUAUCGUGCAGACGACGACGCGCGACGAAAUCGUGAGCCAGACCGAAGAGGUCGUGACCAAGUAAAGCGCCUCCGACGACGACUUGCGUAAACAAACGACGAUGCACCGCAACGUGCUGCUAUUUUAUUCCUUUUG